AUCGCAAUGAACGGGUGUCGGAGCUCUGCACGGCAAAGGAGCAACCACAGCGAGACGCGGCGAUCAAGGGGAUGCGGCAUCGGUACGCGGGAGCUGUCCAUCAGCACCAAAUCCCCGACGAAAAGCAAGAAACCAGCAAGCCGAGCCCAGACCCACUCGCUCCUGUUUUCAACCUCCCGCCCCCGCCCUCUUCUCACCACCGAGAUCGCACUUCGACCACCGCCGUUCAUCGCCAGAGCCUCCAAGAGCUCCCCUGUCUGAGCCAGCCCUCCCGGAGACCUGUGCACAGCGGCGACCCUCUACCUCUGACGAGCUACGACACCGCUCAGCGACCUUCACACCGAACCAUUGAACCCAGCACCGGGCAGCCGGCGCACCUGCAGCAGGAUCCCUGGGCCCCGGCUGGCUCUCAGCAGCAGCCGCCGCCGCCGCCGCCGCAGUCGGAGAAGCAGCCUGUUUUCCCCAGCUGCCACUGCAGUUUUUCCGAGCAGGAGGCGAGCCUUUCUCAAAAUCAUCACCAUCCAGCCGAUCCUCUCCCACCGCAGCCCUCCCCACCUUUUCCGCCGCCUAAACUACCACCGCCACCAACGUCGUCCUCCUCCUCCUUUCCCCGGGAAUCUAAAAGGGAGGAUCGUAUCCAAAGGAGUGCCAAUAAUUACCAACAGGCAAGCAUCGUGGACCGCUGCAGGGGAGGAGGAGGAGCAGGAGGGCACCGAGACCACAGGCAGUUGUUGCAGCAGCAGCAGCAGCAACAUUAUCAACAGCACAGUCAUUUAAGACUCCAACAGAGGGACCCCUCCCCUGAAGGAAGCCGUGCAAACUCGCAGAAAGGGCGCUCUUUAAAUGUAUGUGAGUCAAUCGAGGCUAACAAGAGAGCAUUCGAGUCUCAGACUCCGGACCUGCAGCAGCAACAGAUCCCACAAUUACGAGCGCAGCAACAGCUACUGGUGGGGAGCAGCUUGCCUAUCAACUACUGCGCCAGCGGCUCAGGAGAGCUAUGUAGGACUCACCAGGCUCCACUGCUGCAACAGCAAGAGCAGCAGCAGCAGCAGCGGCAGCAAGGCGCACUGGGGCUCUGUCCCCAGCGUCCCCAGCGUCCGCAGCACUGUGAACAAGACCGCAAUAAGUCUGGGAGGAUCACCGCGCCAGGCGACCAGGCGCAGCUUCACUCCCGCGACUGCCGCGCCACCCCCCCGGUAACGCAACAGGCGUACGCGGGGAACUCGUCUGCGACUGGCAGCAACUGCAGCAAAGACAGCCCCAACUACGGCUCGAGCUAUCACCUGUGGCCCGAGAGCCCGCAUAAAGGAGAGGAGCGGAUCCGCAUCGACCUCCAUAAGGCCACUACUGAGCAGAAGAAGCUGAGCCAUGCUGGAUCCAAGCCCUCCCUCUCCGAGAGCAGCGGCCGACUCCCUCAGAUAGCCAUGAACACCUGCAAGUACAAUGGCGGAGUGGUGAGACCACUAGUGGGCAGCCUGGCGUCCUCGUCGCGCCGCAACCUUGCGGAGCUCGACUCGGAGACGCAGCCCUUGCAGACACUGCACAGCUCUGGCCUGGAGGUGGUGGUAUCCAAGGGCAACGGCGGCGAAGACCCCAGCAAGGCGUCCAACGAGAGCCUGGUCAGGGAGGGCAGCGCGCCGCCGGAUGCAGGGCAACACAGAAGAAGAACAGGGACAGGAUACAGGCUCGGCCACCGGAGGGCGCUGUUUGAGAAGCGGAAGCGGCUCAGCGACUACGCACUCAUCUUCGGGAUGUUUGGGAUUGUCGUCAUGGUGACGGAGACGGAGCUGUCAUGGGGGGUUUACACUAAGGAAUCUUCAUACUCAUUUGCACUGAAAUGCCUUAUCAGCCUUUCCACUGUUAUAUUGCUUGGUCUUAUAAUAAUGUACCAUGCCCGGGAAAUCCAGCUGUUUAUGGUCGACAAUGGUGCGGACGAUUGGAGGAUAGCCAUGACGUAUGAGCGGAUCUUCUUCAUCGUGCUGGAGCUGCUGGUGUGUGCCAUCCAUCCCAUCCCGGGCCAUUACGUCUUCACCUGGAAGGCGCGGCUGGCCUUCACCUACACGCCGUCUGAGGCCGAUGCUGACGUGGACAUCAUCCUCUCCAUCCCCAUGUUCCUGAGACUCUACCUGAUAGGCAGGGUCAUGUUGCUCCACAGCAAACUGUUCACGGACGCUUCGUCUCGCAGCAUCGGCGCUCUCAACAAGAUCAACUUCAACACACGCUUCGUCAUGAAGACCCUCAUGACCAUCUGUCCGGGAACUGUUCUGCUGGUGUUCAGUAUAUCCUCCUGGAUCAUUGCGGCAUGGACUGUGCGCGUCUGUGAGAGGUAUCAUGACAAACAGGAAGUGACCAGUAACUUCCUGGGAGCCAUGUGGCUCAUCUCGAUUACCUUCCUCUCCAUCGGCUACGGUGACAUGGUACCACACACAUACUGUGGGAAAGGCGUGUGUCUGCUUACAGGGAUCAUGGGAGCUGGUUGCACUGCACUGGUGGUUGCCGUGGUAGCCAGGAAGCUGGAGCUGACCAAGGCUGAGAAACACGUCCACAACUUCAUGAUGGACACACAACUCUGCAAACGAGUAAAGAACACAGCUGCCAAUGUACUCAGGGAAACAUGGCUCAUCUACAAACACACUAAGUUGGUAAAGAAGAUAGAUCAUGCCAAGGUGCGGAAACACCAGCGCAAGUUUCUCCAAGCCAUUCACCAAGCUCAGAAACUGCGCAGUGUGAAGAUGGAGCAACGGAAACUCAAUGAUCAGGCCAACACCUUGGUGGACCUCGCAAAGACCCAGAAUGUGAUGUAUGACCUGGUGUCAGAGCUGCAGGAGCGCAGUGAGGAGCUGGACAAGCGCAUCGGCACGUUGGAGGACAAGCUGGACUCGGUGACGGGCAGCCUGCAGGCUCUGCCCUGCCUCAUCUCCCAAGCCAUAACCCAGCAGCAGCAGGAAUUCCUGGACGGCUUUGUUCACCGCUUUCGGCCCGCCUCACUAGCCUCUGAGCGCUCUGAGCGCUCUGAGCGCUCUGAGCGGUCAUGGACUUCCACCGCCCGCAGGCGGCGCUCUCCCUCCACAGCACCACACACAUCCUCUGAUAGCGGAUAACCUUGACCAACCCGACGGGCCUCACCUUUCCCAAACCAACUCGCCACCUCACUCCUAUCCAAAGCUGCCCCUGUAACCGCUGGCGAGUCCACGUCUGGACUGAUAAUGAACCCAUAUCUUGACCUCUGACCUGAUCCUUACCCUUAUUCUCUCCCUCCCAUCCAUCUUCUCUCCCCUUCCCCCCCACAUCACAUCCAAAUACCAAUUCCUCUGUGACUGGGCGACUCAGCACAGGACAGGAUCAGAGCUACUCCAAAAGAAUAAAGAAAAAGCAAACAAAGACUUAAAUCGAGAAAAAACACAAAUGCAUAAAAAAAAAAAAAGGGGAAAAAAUGAAAAAUGACUGAAAAACCGAGAUAAAGUAGAGAUAUGGUUUAUGUUUUAGCCAUUGUAUGGCUGUUCAAGUUAGCUUUUUUGUAAAAGCCCUUGUAUAGUUAAAAAAUGAAUGAGUUCAGGGUCGCUGGGGUGAGAGCUGGCUAUCACACCGGAGAGUCCUUAACCACGAGGGGGGAAGUCGGUCUGUGGAGACGAGAGCCUCGGCUCACCUGCUGGCCCUCUGAGGCCAUGGAGGACAUCCGUCCACCCAUCCGUCCGUCUAUCUGUCAGUCCUGUGGCAAACCAUUGGAUUUCCCUUUCAAAAGACUAGUGUCAUAGAUUCUUUCCCAUAUGUAGGGUGAAAGCUUUAGAUAAGGCUUGGAAAGCUCUGGCUUCAGGUCAGUGUUUGAAAAUGCACUUAAGGGGAAACUGUCACACAAACGAAGAGCAAAGGGGAUGCUUAUGGCAUUACUACUGGGUAGGAAAAUGUACACAGUUGCCAACUUCAAGGUUUCAGCUUCCUUGUUCUUACCAAGGGAAAAUGAGAGCGACUAUCUUUUUUAGUUACAUAUUGACAUGUGAUUUUUCAGUGCCUGAAUGUAUAAAUAGUAGAGGGUUAUUUAAUUACUGAUUUCAGAGCUUUUUUACGAUGUUAACAGUCUGAAUACAGCAUUGCAUUCCUUUUUCAGAUACAUUCCUCCAAAAAUUUAAAGAAAAUGUCUUAAUGUAAUGCAUAACAUUGCCUCCAUUACACAGCAACUCUAAAUGUUUUGAAUUUUUUUAUUUCUAUUUCUACUAACACCGUGGGUUAAGAAAAAGUUCAGAGACUAAAGCAAAAGGGAGACAGUCGGAGAGAAUAUUUGUGAGUGUGUUUGUCAGAGUUCACUUUUAGCUCAAUGCUGCACACUAUGUAAUAUGUAGUAGUCUACCUUUCUCACCACCCCUAAUUAGAGCUUCCUGUGGUCUUCAGAUGAAGGCAUGGCUUGAGGUCUGCCGGUAUGUGCGGCCACACAGGCUCACAUCACUGGUCUGCAUGGGUAUGUGCAACAAUGGCAGUGGAACACAUUCUUCCUCGGAUGGCUUGAUGAUUUUAUUUAGACUUUUAUUACGUUUAAUUUAGUUUGGGUUGCCUUUCUUUCCUUUCUUUUACAAAACAUGUUUUACUAGGAUACCUAGGGUUUUUACAGUUGCAGAACCUAGAGAGUUGCAGUAAUGUGAUUCUGUAAUGCAUUCCCUUUAAAAUAUGAGGUGAAGAAUUAAUCGCUAUUAUAAAAGGAUACAAAUAAAAGUGCUGAAGAAACUUGGAUGAAAGGGUCCCUCUGCAAACUAAAAAUAAUAGUUUAAAAUACAUUUAUUCAUUUUCUAGCUAAGUGUUUGAUGCAAAGAUUGAUACAACAGUGUAAAUAUGAAGCUACUGCUAGAAGCUGCUUAGCUUAGCUUAGCUAAACUGAGCUUGUGGUCAAGACUAGAAACAAGGAGAACAGUAUUCCUAGCUCUUUAUAAAUUAAAACAAUGUUUAUUGGUUGUUUAAUCCCUACAGAAAACUAAAAUGAAAUUGUCACUUCCUGGACUUUCUGCUGGUUGCCUUGGCUACUGCGUGUUCUCAACAUGUUCAUACUUUUGUUUUUCGUACGGAUUAAAAAACAUGAGAUGUUAAGUGAUUUUCAGGAGCUUGUAAGUGUAUUGUAAUACCCUUAUGCAGAAGCAUCUGUUUUUAUACUUUUUGCCUUUUUAAAUACUAAAAUUAGCUAGCGACAUCUGUCUUCUUAUUUACCGAAAGAGUGCUGUCAAUCUUUUCAUCUAACUCAAUGAGCAAUCAAGUGAAUUAGCUUAUUUUCCAACUAUUCCUCUAACAUUACAGUAUUAGGCCACUAUGGUGUCUUUUUAAAAGACAUGAUUACACAUUGACUAGGAUAGAGGAUACGAUUAAAACAUUCUGAAUUUGAGAGGCAUGGUGAAUGAUUAAUCUUAGAAUAGUAAUACAUUACUUUUUGAAGAUAAAUAUUUAGGAUGUUUAAAGCAAUUUUUUCCAGAGAACAUAUAAAAGGCAGAUCAGGAAGUCAGCGGGUUAGUGGGCUAGCAUGCUGUCCUAAAGUAGUUUGAAUGGUAGAUAACUUGCAUACGUAAAAGGAUGUUGGAGCUAAAACAGAGUCUUUAUGACCCCUUAAGCUAAUAGACAAAUAGGAUCAUAUUUUUCGCUGGAUCUUAACUAUUUCCAAGAUGCUACGAUUUGAAUUGGGGCAAUCUCUAACCCCUGUGAGCGAGGUAAUUCUCCCACAGGCUCUGGACAGGCCGAAGAGCACUUCAUUUAAGAACACAUUCAGGUUGCUACGAGUGGAUCUUAAUCAAGCAUGAUUAUUAGCUUUUUUCCUUUGAACUUGAGUUGAUGAAGCAUGACUCUUUACUGCCCCCACCUCCAGCCACUUCUCUUGCAGUGCUACACUCCAUCCUCCCAGUAUAGAAGGAUCUUUUAUGCCAUAACAGUCUCUGUUUUCGAUCAUGGACUGUUUCAGUCAGUGUCAUCAAUUGAGUCAGGACGGCUAACGUAAGACUGUCUGCUUGAUUUUGACCUUACCUGCCUUUUAUGUAUCACAGGUCUCCACCUUAUCAUUGCAUUGCAUAUUUAGUCUUGCGUUUGUCGUCUGUCAUCAUUAACAACUUCAGCCCCCCCAAACACAAAUAGGCUUCCCAAAUGGCCCGCAGCAAAGACCUUUUAGAGGUUUGAAUGAAAAAAAACAAAACAGGAAGAAGCAGGGGAACCCUCAGGUCAUGUUUCAUGUUGCACUCAGUGUGUAAUAUUCAGUUACACCAGAAAGGAUCGCAGAUGCUGGAGUGUCGUCCCCAGAGACGUAACAGUACUGGUGUUAAGGAGUUCAUCCUUCAUCAGCCGGGGCGAGACUAGCUGGGGGGGGGAAAUGGGAAAGAUGAGAACAGUAGCUCAUUUACUGACAGACGUUCGUUUUGGUUUGAGGGGGUUUGUGAAGAGCAAGAGUGUGUCCUGUAAAUAUGACCUCAUUGUAGAUGUCGAACAAACGGGCCAAAUGGUGAGCCGCAGGGGUGAAGGUAGCCGGGAGCCCACACAGCAGGUUGCAAAAAUGCAGGAGAAUAAACAUCUAGAAAGGAAAUGACAUAUUAUAAAAAUAUUAUAUUUUAUUAAUUUCACCUUUUUUUUUUCUGCUAAUGGAGGUACAAUCAGGUUCUGUUUUUUAACCCUGUUGUAGAAGUUGGUUUUCUUCUGCACUCCUUAUCCUGUCACCAACUAAGUCCUGCCAAAACACCAUUCCAAUAUCUAAUAGUGACCCAAUUUUUUUCCACUAGGAAAUAAAAGAUGCACAGUAUUUUGUAGUAAAGUGAGGGACAUUCAUGAUGUUAUUCUGAUGAUGGUAGAUGAGUCAAAGUGAUAAACGCAUCCCAGAGUCUUUUUAAUUAUCCUGAACAGUAGGCUUUCCUCGUAGAGCAGGAAUCAAAACACACUUCUACUGAACAAAAACCCCAAAAAGUGAAGAAAUGUAACCCAAUCAUUGUUCUGUGUACACUGCCACAUGAUGCAUAAUGUACGUAGUAGCACUGGAAUAAAUCAACUUUUAAUGGAUGGCAAAUGGGUUUAACAUGUUCUCUGUAUACUGUUCGCUGUUCCUUCAUUUUGCAGGUGAACUUUUGUCCUAGCAAGGAGAGACACCAAGGUCAAAUCAUUAAAGACUUUCUUCAGCUAUGA